GAAUCAUUUUAGUCGUAGUCCUACAUGAGCGCUCGUGAAGCUCAACUUGGUUAAGUGGCAUCGUAUCAGGCAAUCAUCUGUGACUAUACAUCGUGGCUUUCCAGCAGCUGCUAUCAACCCAACACCAUUCGUUCCAACAUCUACUACUUAAAUUUCUGACAAACUAGCGGCAAGUCACUUCAAUUGUCAUUUACAACUGUAACGCAGACGCCCCCGCGUGGCGCACAGCCUUACUGCUCGAGACUUGGCUAAAGGUGUCUUCUAGAUCAUCAUGGUUCCUGAAGAAUUGGUUUCGACCCUUCGACAAGAAGUCUGUGAAUUAGAAAAUAGAAGGGAGGAGUUAUGGACCCGCCUUCAAGAAACGACCUCAUCGCUCGCCGAAGUUCAGUCGCUCCUGACGAUGAAAACGGCACAAGCACAUACAGUUCCUCAUGCGCCCAUAUCUUGCCUUCCAGACGAGAUCCUGUUGGCUAUAUUUGAAGAAACAGUGCGAAGUCAGGAGCAAGGACAUGUUAGACGGGCGGAGAUAGCCAUAUCAUGCACUUCACAUCACUGGAGACAGGUUGCGGUCAACGCCCAAAGGCUGUGGGACAGCCUUUCCAUCAGAUCAGAGAUUCCAGUUACUGUUUUGAAGAUCUACCUUUCUCGCUCUACGAACGUUCCCCUUACAAUUGAAUUCCGCGAACGAGAAACAUCCUGGCACGGUGCCGAUAAACGCAGCAUGGCACAUCUUGGCUGUGCUCUUGAUGUUGUAUUGCCUUCGGUCGCUCGUUGGCGCCGUAUAAUUGUUCUGCACAGGUCUUACCCCUACUUCACGCAUCUCUUUCGGGAACUUCGACGUGUGGCCCCUUUGAAGAUGCUCCAGAGCAUUUCUAUGAGGUCACCAGGUGUAUGUGGACCGUGUCCGUUGUUACUUGGCAACUCGGCUCCAGCCCUGGAGUUACUUGAAGUAGAAAACAUGCCCCUUCCGCCCCCCGUCACGCAGACUUUUGAUGCUGCCCGUUUCAGCGUUGCGGGGCUGACCACGUUGCGGCUGCGGCUGCGUGGGAUGGGAGUUGGAAUUUCCCAUGCAGCAACCGACCCCUCUACUUUCAGAGCAUUGAUAGGUUCAGCCCCGAUGUUAAGCACCCUCGAAAUCUAUGGACAACCCAUAAACUUUGGCCAGGAGAGAGUCAAUGAAGAAGACAUUAUUCCCCUAGAUAUUCCUCGUCUCCACACUCUCGUCCUUCAUCCAGGCACGCAGUGUCCUUGCGAUUUGCGUCACUUCAUCUCGGUGAUCAAAGCACCAGCACUCUGUCACUUUGAGCUAGUCUAUCCUGACAAUACUCCGCCUGGACAAGAUGUAUCGGAUCUACUAUUCGACCCUUUUCCACUAGCUAGAUUUCCUUGUGUGGAAACUGUGCGUCUUCACAAUGCGGUUCGCGCGGAUACUAGUCCAGCAUUUACGAGUGCGUUUCCGGUUUUGUCUCGCAUCAAACUCGGCGGUUCGGACGCUGGCUACCUGUUCGAAGACUUAGCUUCCAAUAGCAUACGCAGUUCGUGGGCAUCCUCGCACAUCCAGCACCUCACUGUCAUUUCUCCACUCCCCAAUACGUUGCUACAGAUGCACAAGUGGCUUCUCAGUAUGACUAGCCAGGCCCAUCGGUUGCCGACAAUAACCCUGGAAGGACCCAUCCGUGCUAUUGACUGCCCUGAAUUUAUUACACAAUUCUCGAAACUUGCGAGUUGUACGGACGUGGGGCUAUGCGGCGUUGACCUCUCUAGUUGGGGUAGAUCACUUGCGCACGCGUCUAUCGAGUAAUUACCUAAGCCUGUUCCCAUGCCGUAGUCUUACGUCGCGGGUAAUACUAAUGUACAAGCGGCUUGAUAUUCAAAUCUUGAUUGUUGCUUCAUGAGCUCCUUUGCAUGCUAAUUUUAACGCUGUAAAUAACCAUGAGCAUCAAGGUUUCUGCUGAACUACCUAACGGGGGACUGCGAAUGCGAGUCUG